AUUAAAUUAAUUAAAUAAAAAUUGAAUUUAAAUCAUUCAUAAGAAAAAAUGAUUAUCAAACGUAAUCUUACAAGUUUUACACGUGUUUUAUAUAGUACGGCUACUAAAUCUGGUGGUCAAUCUGGAUCAGCAUCAUCUUCCAACAAGAAGAAAACAUCGAACAAAACUACAUCUUCGCCGCCACAACCACCACCAUCACAGCAAACAUUCAAAGCAGCUGUUGAACCAGAAGAACCGUUCCGUAAUGAUCAAUAUAAUUGUCCUGAAUAUUAUCAACAUGAUCGAUUUUCAUUUUUCGAUCUAAUCGAUCGUAUGGCCGAUAAACGAUUACCGCAGAAAACCAACAAAGAAAUGUAUCGAUAAAAAUAAUUUUUUUCUUUUCAUUGAAUUGUUAAAAUCAUUAAAAUCCAUGAUAAU